UAAAAGAAGACCUCAGAAGAUCUCCCGCAGCACAGAGCAGACAGCAAGCUAGCAGUAAAGGAGUUGUGCGGUCAAGGAAAGGAGAUAGGAACUAUCGGAGACAAAAGAGACGCUGCUUGGACUUUGUUUACGUCCCCUGACACUCUGGAUUAGUUGAUAACUUUUGGGAUUUACUGCUUUUGGAGUUGUCACCCACAUUGGAAUUGAAAACGGUCCUUUUGUGGACUUUGUAUUGUUCUUUAAAACAUUUAAUUGUCCUCACAUUGGGUGUUUACGCAGCUUGUCGCGCAGUCAUGUGUCACCGCUGACAUGCACAGCACGUCCAGAGCCCAUGGGACCGCAGUGACCACAGAGCCGAGUGCAGGACGUCCCGGUCCGGAGUUGACCGAGAGCCGCAGAGAGCAGGGUUCCGGCUUCUGCUGGCCCGUCGCCGAAGAGGAAGAAGGAGGCGGAGGAGGAGCACACCGAGGGGGCACGCCGCGGUCGCCGUCUCGCCGCAGGAGCUGCGUCGCCCCCCUGCCUCCGGAGCGCCGCGGCGUGUUCGAGACUAGAUCUACAUUCCACUUCCCGUGCCGGCGUUCCUCCAGCGGAUACUUCUCAGAGGGGGACUCGCUCCCCACCUCGCCGCUCUCCCCGCGGGCCCCCACGGCUACCCGGGCUACGCAGACCCCCAGCCCAUCCGCACAGGUGCUACAGCACGCCCUGCUGCGCGUAGCCGAGGUCCAAGAAAGUUCUUCCGGGCUUUCUAGUACGAGGCUACAAGACGCAGCGGAGGCCAUGCAGGCCGUGGAAAUCGCACGAGCGCUUCAACACAUCGGAGAUGACUACAACAACUAUAUCCUGAGGAGAGUGGCGGGGAGGCGCGUCGUGAUCCAUCAGAACCAGUUGCUGCCGCACAUCCACCAGGAACCCGCCUUCCUGAUCUGCAUAGGCGUCCUGAUCUUUCUGAUUGGGCGGUACUUGCACGGCGAUGCCAAUGGCCAGCUGGACCAACCUCAGGUUUAGCCACCGGAAUACCCAGCAGACGUAGCGUCCGUGUCUUCAGUUUUUUUUGUUUUUCUUUUUUAGGAACUUAAUUUUCAACCUUCAGAUUUUUUUUUUUUUAAUGGAAUUAUCAGGAACUCUAAAAUAUAUGGAUUUUUGCUUUUGCACCUCCUGUGUUUUUUCAUGGUAUCUGAGCCUUUAUGACGCAACCAAAAAGUUGGGAAUUUGCACUCCCUCCUGAAAGAUGCCAUCUGUGGAAAUCCAUACGUGCCUUGUACAUUCCCCCUGUUAGGUUCUUCUUUUGUUGACCUAUUGUUUCUGAACACCGUGUCCAGUCAACUCUGCAGACCCGGGGUUGUUAAAUUAUGUGGGUCCAAUUCCCUUAAAAAGACAAAAAGGGACAUUUUUUGACCGUGUCAUAACCCAAAUGCAACAUCUACCGUUCCAAUGUCUGCUGUCCGUUUUUAAAUACAUGAAAUUCAGACUAAAUGAUGUGUCAAAGCAAACAAUACAUCAGUACCAAACUGGAGUGUGGAUAAAUGAAGUCUUCCUUAGUGUGGAAAUAUGAAGCAAACAAAAAAGCUCUUUGUUCCUCCAUAACAUCUCCAUAAAAGAGCGUUUGUGUAACCAUGAGAUCCAAAAUCACCGGUAUCACACCUAGACGUCAUGCUCUAGACUCUCUCUCUCUCUAGGACCGGCGAUCAAACACCACUUUCCUUCUCCGUUCUCGGUUUCAGUCUCUGGAUGCACGCCGUCAUCAUCGACAGACUGAAAGCGGCUGUCAGACAUCCGUCUCCUGACAGGCUUGUCCUAGCCGUUUAUUAGCACGGUGAUUCAUGCCCUCGCCAAGUCUGCUCUUGCCCGUCGGAUCGUAAACGCUCCAAGACAUGGAGACCUCUGAGCAGCGAAUGAAUGGUUAGCUAAUAUUGGCAAACACAAAUUCAACGUUUAGGCUUACCUUUGGAUUAGGACGUUUAAUUUUGCAACAUAAUUAAAAUGUGUCUAUAUGAUGUGAAUUUGGCUAGUUCGCACAAAGCUCAAACGGUAGCAGUCCCACACUGAUAUCGACCGAUACCGAUUGAUCGACACACACCAAAUUUUAACCCAAAAUUACUACUACUGGCCAAAAUUGUUUGUGUUUUAAUAACUAUUAUUAAAAAAAAAAACAUUUUACAUAUUAUACACCGAGUAAACAAGCAAUGUUUACAAAGCUUACAGAAAUUAUUGAAAACUUAAGUCACUCCCAAAUUGGUCAUAAGUUUACAAAAUUGACUUAAAAAUGUAGUCUGAACUAAGUUUACUUUGUUUUCCUCAAACAGCGACAUUGAUUAUGAUCAUUUUGAUAUUUGGUAAUAGCUAUUUUACAUGCAGCUGUCAUAGCUAGCCACUGCUAAAUGGAAACAUGACUCGUGGUUUGUACUUAGUAUAUUAUAUUAGCUUAAGCGCAACCAUGCUAAGGACUUAGCAUACCACAGUUGCACUGAUUUUUCGGCGUCCGUCUAAUUUGCCCGUCUCAGUGCUAGUUUUUCCAAAAUUAAGUUGCUCCUUGAUGUCCGUCGAGGUUUUUCGUUCGCAUGUUGGGAUCUCGUCUAAAGAUAUGGAAAGUUAUUAAAAAAAUAUAUGGUUCCAAAAUAUAAUAUUUUAAUAGUUUCAUAAUGGUUGCUCCUCGCCAUAGUCGUUAAAACAAAAUCACCCAAGCGUGUUUGCUGCGCGUCGGGAUGUUUGCACAGUUGUGUCAACAGCGUUGCAUCACCGAUUUACAUGUGAUCCUGACUUUCAUCACCAUCUCUACUCAUUCUUUUGCACCUCAUUUCACGUUUCACUCACGUUGCGUUCACUGUCCUGUCCUCGUAUGGGUGACUGUCAAAGCGGGUCAUAGUUGAACCCAUAAGGGAAAGAAUAAGGCGAUGAAUGAUACAUUUUAUGGUGAUUAUGUAUAAAAUGUCUAUGGAUGGACGUCUUAUACAUUUACACUACUUUGCUGGAGAUCAUAUAAGGUGUCAGAAAAGUUCCAGGACUGGUAAUUAACAGACGUGAGGGCGCCUGUGUGUAAGGGAAUGUGAGGUUGAAAAGCCCGGUUUAUGCUUCUGCGUUUAUUACAUAAUUUCCCGCAUGUAUGAGGCUAUACAGCAAAUGCCUUCUCUGAUUUCAGGUCAACAUUUGCAAUAAGCGGUUCAUUUUAAUUGAUUAUAUUGAUUAGUUUCAGCUCCGAUGACACUCCAUACUUAAUUUCUAUUGUUCACGAGAGAGGAUUGAACAAGCUAAACAAGCUAGCUAAGUUAGCUAACAAGCUAAAUACCCGUUGAGUUGCUCACAGAGUUGAUUCAUCGCAAAACAAAACUGCAGAGGCAUAGACCAGUCGGAUUUUCAAUCUUAAAAGCAAUUGACGCAGAAUUAUUGCUGGGUUCUGUGUAAAAGGAAAAGGCGGAUAAAUGCCGGAUCUUCUGCCCAUUUUGUGUCACGCUUGCAAAGUAACCAAAACAAAACAGGACUUUCAAGACUAUUUUUCCCCUUGACUGUGGCCCCGCCCCUUUUACAAAGUUAGCAGUUUCUUUAAAUGUCAGAUCAUAGCAAAGCUCAGGCGCACGUUCGCUCUUUUGCGUUGCUGUCCGGCCACCGUGACCAUGACAGCGACUUUGCUUAUGGGACGUGGCGCCCCGUGAAACCUAAGACCUCAUGUCUAAGCGCUGUCGUGUGUGCAGAGCCAAAAGGAGAGCGUGGCAGUCUGUGUGUGCAGGGAGCAAAGCGGACGAUGAAUUACGGUCUGCUUUCAGCGGUGGGGCGGCACAUAUUGUUUCAUGUGACAUUCAGGGUUUUUUUUUUUUUUUUCUUUUUUGCUCAUCAACACUGCUGGAGGUUUGUGUUUUUUGCUUUAAAAACUUUCAUGGUUCUUCAAACUUGUCGCAUUAAGUACAAAGGACGUAACUGUAUGAGGAUGAAAACAACAUUUGGUCCAACAGGACUGCAGAAAGGAACUAAAGAAUGACCCAGUAUGACUGUAGCAGCAUGUCUUACUUUUUGUGUCUGUUUUUAAUGUUAUUACACACUGAAGAUCUUGUAAUUAAACUGUUUAAUUGCUUAAGCUGUAAAUAAAGCUUUUUUCAUCUUUCUACA